AUGUCGGCGGCGAGGGCGAAGCCUCAUGCCCGGGCGGUUUUCCUCAGGCCGCCAUGCUGGAACCGCGCUCUGCUUCGUCUCCAGGGCCGGGAGACCGAGCCCUUCCUCCAGGGCUUGCUGACCAAUGACGUGGCGCGGCUGGCGCCGGGGGGCGGGGCCUCCGGGGCGCCUCGCGCGCAGUACGCGCACCUCCUCAACGUCCAGGGGCGGUGCCUUUAUGACGUCAUUCUGUACAGGAUUCAUGAAAGUUCUCAAGAAGAGACCCACCUUCUCCUGGAGUGUGACGCCGCAGCCUUGGACUCCCUUCAAAAGCAUUUGAAACUGUACAAGAUCCGAAGGAAAGUGAGCAUCACGCCUUGCCUCGACCUCUCCUUGUGGGCCGUGAUUUCGAAGGAGCCUUCUGAGGAGGUUUCCCAUGAGCUCCAACGCCACGCCGGCAAAGCGGUGGUUGUGACGUCGGACCCCAGAGUAGACGUUAUGGGUUGGAGGCUGAUAACAAGCCAAGGUACAGACCUGCUAGAGAUCGUUCCUGGAAGCCGGAUUGGAGAUAUUAAAGAUUAUCAUAGGCACAGGUACAAACAAGGGGAGAAAUAUCUUAAUUGCUGCAAGUCUGAAUAG